AUGAACGCCAAAGACCAGAGCGCGGAGUCACCCGCAUCAGACCCGAAGGGCCAAUCUGAAGAAGCCGAGGACACUGAGCACCCUGCGCUGGAUUUGCUGUCUCUUUCGCGAGCUGUGAAGGCAAGAAAAGCAGAGUAUACUCGCCGACGAACCGUCCGCGUUAAGAUUGGAACGUGGAAUGUCGCCGCCAUCUCCGGCACAGAAAAAGAUGUCGGAAAAUGGUUUGUGCAGGGUCAAGGAGUGUGCGAGAGGUUUUCCGGUGCCAAGGGUGAGCACCUUGAGCAUGCUGGAGUAAAGGGUGGAAGUUCCCAAGCCGAAAACGAAGAUGAGAAGAAGAAACCAUUCCAAACGAGCCCGGAGGAGAUUGAUCUUUAUGUUCUGGGUCUACAGGAGGUGGUCGAUGUUUCGUCUCCGGCUGAAGCUCUACGUCCAUAUACCGAUUCGGGCCCAUCAAAUCGAUGGAAGGAGUCGGUUCAGAAAUCGCUCCCUGCUGGAUAUCAGCUCGUUUCCGAGGUCCAGUUGAUUGGACUUUUGCUUUUAAUCUACGCCUCUCCUUCGGUUUGCGAGAGCGUCUCUUCGGUCAGCAGUACCUACGUCGGAACAGGACUCAUGGGAUACAUGGGGAACAAGGGUGCCGUGGCGACUCGUUUGGUCCUGGGUGAAACUACUCGUCUGGUUUUUGUGAACAGUCACCUUGCUGCAGGAUCCGACAAAAGCAGCCUUGAAAGGCGCAAUUGGGACGCUGCUCAAAUUGCGUCGCGGGCAAAGUUCGAUCCAGUUGAUGGAGAGAAGGGGAGAGAGGAUGAUGCCUUUGACAGUAUCGGUGACGAGGAUUUUACAUUCUGGUUUGGCGAUCUCAACUAUCGGCUGGAUGAUAUUCCUGGAAAUGACGUGCGACAGGUGCUAGCACGCCACACACUUAAUGCGUAUGACACUGAACUCCUGAAAAAGAAGGAAUCGGGUAGUCGUCGAGAUUCUACCACCGAUAGUGAAAACCAGCCGCCAUUGUCCCUGUCAGACGACGAUGCGCCACCCGAGCCAGUGACUGACGAUGAGAUUGAUCCCCAUAACGACCCUGCAUCUUUACAGACGACCAUUUCGUCCCUAUUUAAGCAUGACCAGUUGCACAUUCAGCAGAAAUUAGGUACUGCAUUUCAUAAUGGAUGGCGCGAGGGUCAAAUAACUUUUCUGCCUACGUACAAAUACGACAUUGGUAGUGUGGCUAUGUUUGACUCCAGCGAGAAACAUCGUGGGCCCAGCUGGUGUGAUCGAAUCCUCUACCGCACUCGGCGAGAUAAACUCAAGCAUGAGCAACUUGACCGAGAAGCCGAGGAGGCCCGACAGCGAGAUAAAGAAAUGCAGGAUCAGGGUCUGGACCAGGCCGUUGCCGACGACAAUGUUCUAUUUGACUACGACCCUGAGGUCGACGGUGCGGAUGGGGAAGGCAGCGUGGAGGAGUAUAGUUCAGAUGAUGACCGAGCAAAUGUCUCCUCUGUUGCAUCCGAAGACUUGUCUUUAGAUGAGCCCGUUCGUCUGGAUCAUUAUGUGUCACAUCAGGGAAUUCUAACUUCAGACCAUAAGCCCUUGGAUGCAAUGUUCACAUUGUCGUUUGAUGCGGUCAAUCCCAGCCUCAAGGCCAAGGUCCACCAAGAGGUAGUCCGUGAGCUCGACAAGGCUGAGAAUGAAGCUCGCCCUGGCCUUACAGUCGUGGUUGACGUUCCUCACGGCGAGCAAGGAAAAGAUCGAGAUCCGAACGCAGUCGAAUUUGGCGAUGUCACCUUUGACGUGCCAGUUCGUCGGUCCAUCACCAUUGCCAAUACAAGUAGUGUAUCAGCUACCUUUCAUUUUGGGGAACGGCCUAGUUCUGGGAAGAAGCACAACUUAGAAGACCCCUCUUGGAUCAAUAUUCAAAUUGAGCGCCCAGAAGACCAUACCAAACAGCCGGCUAUUACGACCUCUGAGAAGCCCUACACUCUACUACCAGGCGAAGUGGCCAAUAUUGAUAUCACUGCCCACGUUCGAAUUAUCGAACACGUCCGUCUCCUCAAUCUGAAGAAGGUCAAACUGGAGGAGAUCCUAGUACUCCAUGUGGACAGUGGCCGUGAUCACUUCAUCUCAGUUACGGGGCACUGGCUGCCAACAUGCUUUGGCUGUAGUGUGGAUGAAUUAACCCGUAUGCCCGAGGAAGGUGCCCGUAGCCUUGAUAAGGAUGAAGCAUCACAAUUGUCUCAAACAGACAGCGAAGUUCGGCUAUCUGCUCCUCGUGAACUCUUUCGCUUGACCGAGGCGAUCUCCGACUUGACCGAGCGGGCUGUAGCAGAAUGGAGCAUGACAAACGGCGAAUCCGGGGAAGAAGCACCUUGGACUUCAGAUCCAUCAGGGACCGGAUGGCCUUUCCAACCCGAGACAUGGACACUCCAGGAUCCAUACCAGCGUUCGGUUCUUUCCGCGUCUGUUCGUGAAUCUCUCGACACGAAUCAAUCCUUGACGUCAAUCUUUGCGCCAGAAAUCCCAUCCAUUCAACGACUAGAAGUUCUCUCCGAAACCCUCCUCACAUUUCUCAAUUCCUUAAGCGAUGGCAUCGUCACCGCAUCCGUCUGGCAAGAAAUGGAACAGCAACUUAUUUCACGAGAAAAAUCCAAAUCCCCCCCUCGAUCCUGGGAAGAGACCCAAGCAUGGGUUCUAGAAAGUCUCGCUUAUUCACCCGCCCACAGCGUCUCUUUCACAUUCGUCACUUUCAUGUUAGCCCGCAUCGCCAACGAAGUAGCCCCCGUCCCAUCCACCGCACCUCAGCCCAACAAACCCGCACUAUCCAAGACCAAAAAACGACUAUCCAAUCUGACGGAUCUCGCCAAAUCGAAUGACAGCAAGAAGUACAAAGAGCAAGAGCAAGAGCAAGAAGAAAGCCAAGAGCAGGCAAAUGUCACAUCCAGCCUUCCGAACCCACCUACUCCUGCUUCUGCAGCAGCAUUCAUCUCAGCAGGUAGCUUCCGUCGCAAACGUGAGCCGAGUAUCUCUGAGCCCGCGGCGAAGAAUUCUCGUGAGAAGGCUGUAGCGCGUCGUCAGGCUGUAGAGACUGCACUUACGUUGAUAUUUGCCCGUGUACUCAUUUCGCAGGCUGUUCCUGUACCUUCCAAGGAUAAAGAGCGCCGUGCUUCAGAUGAGCGGAAGAAGGGGAUUAUUGAGCCUUUCUUGAAGAUGAUUGGAGUUGAUGAGAAGGGGCCAUCAGGGGGGCGGUCUUAA